CUUACGCCCCCCGCGCAACGCUUCCCCUGCUAGCUUCGGGGCAUGUAACACCAUGCCUCACUUCGCAACGGUCGAGCACAGCACAUGUACGACUGCCAUAACAUGCCUGGCGAACCCAUCCAGACGCGGGCAUUCAACGUUGCCAUCUUCGUGGCAGCCCGCACCGACCGCGUAGACUCCUAGACCCCAGACCCUUGCAUACAUCAGUCGUCUCCGGCACACCAUUUUAGCUGUGCGUGGCAUGGGAGUCGCACCCCAUGCCAGCUUUCGGGAAAACGCUCGAGUAGGGUUUUGGUGCCGUGAGGCUCCCCCCCGGGCCCCGGCGACUGCUUAAGCUCCAUCGGCUGCUCAAGGCCGCAUCCCAAACACCGCAUCAAAUCUUCCGCAUUUGCAGUGCGUGGCCCGCUGGAGGACAUGCUAGGGGUUUAGGCAGGGGAAAUCGAGUGGCUGCAAGCAAGGCCGCGAAACGAGCGUGGUACACGACCAUGUUUUGCAACACCCAACAAACUAGGAUCAAGUGUUUCUGAGAUCGCUUGCUGUUAAAGAUUGGUGUUAUUUGUGAGCUCUACACAGGUUCCACACGUCUAGGAAGGACCAUGCAAGUCAGGGCGUCGCGCUCGGGCUGCCAGGCGCACGCUACUAAACGUGAUGUGAAAGCUCUCAAGGCCGCGCUGCCCUCGCGGUCGCGCUGCGUGCCUUUCCGCUCUUCCUCCUCGAUCAUUUCUUCGAGGGCGAGCGGCUGCCCGCCAACCGUGUCAACGAGCGCCGCUGCGACCGCCACUGUCGUCCCGCCCGCCCGCGACGUGCAACCCUCCGCCACGCCUUCCGCCGAAUCAGAGCAGUUCGUGUGGGCACAGAACUGGUUCCCAGUGGCUGUGGUUGAGUGCCUGGACUCUUCCCGCCCCCACCCCUUCACCCUGAUGGGCAAGGACCUGGUGCUGUGGCGCGACGGCGGCGGCACGUGGCGCGCCUUUGAGGACGCCUGCCCGCACCGCCUGGUGCCGCUGAGCGAGGGGCGCAUCGAGAAGGACGGCACCCUGCUGUGCGCCUACCACGCCUGGCGCUUCGACGGCGGCGGCAAGUGCACAUCCAUUCCCCAGGUGGAGGGCAAGGAGGCGGCGGAGCGCGCGUUCAGCAGCCCCAGGAGCUGCGCCCGCGUGUUCCCCACCCAGGAGGCCCAGGGGCUGCUGUGGGUGUGGGGCGAGUCUGGGCCCAGUGCGGCCGCGGACAGCGCGGGCAAGGGGCCGGCGCUCAUCCCCGAGAUGGAGGAGCUGCCCUCCUCACGCGUGCAGCCGCUGCCCUGGUUCUUCCGCGACCUGCCCUACAGCUAUGACUUCUUUGUGGAGAAUGUGACGGACCCGGCGCACGUCAAUGUCUCGCACCACAACGUAGCUGGCAACCGCUACGCGCCCGACCAGUACUUCUCGGUGGACCCGUUGCGGGAGGUGUCCGCGGCGGGCGGCUUCAAGUACGCCGUCAAGUCCCGCGCCCCUGUGACCAACGUGUCCACGUCCUCCACCGAGUUCCUGCCGCCCUCCCUGGUCAAGAUCAAGGUGGAGUACAGCGACGGCGCCGCCCUCAUCCUGGCCCUAUACAGCUGCCCCACCACCCCCGGCCACAACAGGCACGUGGGCAGGCAGAUCCUGAUCAAGACGCCUGAGGGCAAGAUGCCCCGCGGUCUGGCCUUCUUCGCGCUGCCCAUGCCCAAGUGGCUGGGACACGCCACCGCCUCCGUGUUCCUGCACCAGGACCAGGUGUUCCUGCACCAGCAGGAGCGCAUCGUGGCGGGCCGGUCCGCCGCCUCCCACACCGCCAAGUACUUCAUGCCCGCACCCAGCGACAACAUGACAGUGGCCUUCCGCACCUGGUUAGGUCAGCACGCGGGCGGCGGCGUGCCGUACGCCGGCGGCCGCACCACGCCCGCCCCCAUCGACCGCUCCAAGGAGUCCCUGUUCGACACCUACCACACCCACACCGCCCAGUGCGCCAUCUGCAAGCCCGCGCUGGGCCGGUUGCAGGCGGCGCGCACCGCGGCAGUGGUGCUGGGAGCAGCGGCGCUGGUGGCAGCGCUGAUGGUGACGGGUGUGGCGGCAGCCGCCAAGGCCGCCGCCGCAGCUGCCGCGGGCGCCGCCGCCGCCGACGCCGCGCUAUCCGCGCUGGCCAGCCUGCCGCCGCUGCAGGCCGUCAUUGCGGCGGCGGUGGCGCUGGCGGCGGCCGCUGCCGUACGCGUGCUAGAUGGCAUCAUUGGCCUGAUGCACCGCUACGAGUUCUCACACGCCGACAACCACUGAUAAGCGGAGGCAGGCACGGCACGAGGGAAGCGCUGCAGCCCGCAAAUGCAGAAGGGUGGCGGCGGUACUGCCGUACUGGCAGAGGAUGGGCUGCUGCGGCUAGAUAGCUCACCUAGCUGGCGGGCGGCGGCUCGAGGCGGGUGCGGAGGAGGGCGGGCCGCGCAUGUGGUGGACACAGGGCAGCUGUGCGCUGGCGUUACUGCUGACAGGGAGCUUUCAUUCCCCGCGGCGGGGAAAGUUUUGGUCGAGGCAUCGAGAGAGGGGUGAGCUUUGAGCGCGGCGCCUGGGAUGGGGACUGAGGGUCGGUCCUGACCGACAGCAGGGGUUGAGAGAUGAGCGUGGAAUGAGGUUUUACUGGCCUUUGGAUUGGGAUCGAGGGCUGGUUCGAAGAUAUGAAACAAGCGCUGAAUGCGCAGUGGGAGGGUCCUGAGCGGCACGGUGUUGCACAGGAUCGCCAAGUUGAGGUCGAGAUGCGGUGGCGUGUUUGCAACGCGACAGCGUUCCUGCGCACCGCCGCACGGGUUUAUUCUUUUCCUUCCUCGAUGCUUACAUUUUUUUAGAUAGUCGCCUGGCUCGAUACCCGUAUUAGGAUUGGUGAUGAUGUGUGCGGUGGCGCAAUGGCGGCGCGGCACGGUGCGUGGCGGCAGCUGUGGGCUGGGGCGAGCUUGCCAGGGUGUGCUGAACGACGCCGCGGGGGAAGAAUGUGAUGUGGGGCGGUGUGGGGGUACAGUCUGUACAUAUAGUCGAGAAAGCGGACAGGCGGUUUCGCUGACUUUGCUCCUGGCAGUGCUGCAGUAUUGCGGUUGCUAUCUUACAAAACUCGCCAAGCGCGGAUCAAGGCCAGGAUUGUAAAAUGCCACCGCG